GACAAGGUGGUCUUAAAACAUUCUUAAAGAGAGAGUAUUCGUUUAACGAUACUAGUUAGUCCGGCCUUUACCGGAGAACCGUCUGUGCUGUUAAUAAUAAAGGUGUUUUAUCUUUUCUGUUGGUUUUCGAAAAUGAAUUUAACACCCGCUUUUGUUCUUUUGGUGGUCGCUAUCGGUUACGGCACGGCCACGCAAGUGCGGAAAUGUCAGGGUGGAUCUAGAUCAAUUGAUGAACUUAGUAAACUAGUUAGAGUAGGAAAUUGCAAGAAACCACCCUGCAGAUUAAGAAAAAAUAGCGCUAUUGAUGUUACACUUAAAUUUUCACCUGAAUUUCCUGUGGAAUCAUUAAAGAAUUCCGUUACUGCUGCUAUUGUUGGUGUACCAUUUCCAUUCGUGGGUGUGGAUGGUGAAGACGCUUGUCAAAAUGUUUUCCAAGAAGAUGGUACAACUAAAGCCGGAUGUCCACUGGAAGCUGGCAAAAAUUACGUGUACAAGAACAAAAUCGACGUGCUUCAAAUUUACCCGAACAUAAAAGUUGUAGUUCACUGGGGUCUAACAUCUCCAAAAGGAGACGUUAUUUGUUUCGAGGUUCCUGCCAGAAUUACCAGUUAGUUUUUUAAUUAACCUUGAUACUUCUUAUUAUUAUUUUUUGUAUAAAUAAAUAUUUUGUU